AUGUCAAACAACAAGGACCAGACCUCUUCCGCUCAGAGCUACCUCGACCAGGCCGCUGGCGCCGUCCAGAGUGCGCUCGGAAGCCUGACUGGCAGCACUGCCGACAAGGCACAAGGCGAGAACCGCAAGACCCAAGCCGCCGCAGAGAAAGACCUCUCGCACGCCACCGCCAAAGCCGGCCCCUUCACGGCCACCGCUUCAGGUGGCGUCGCAAAAGACGACCCGAACCGCAGCGCAGGCUCAUGGAACCAGAACGUCGGCGCGCUCAAGGAGAGUGUCGGCGGCUUCGUCGGCGCCGAGGGGCUGAAGCAAGAAGGAAUCCGCCAGAACGAGGAGGGUAAAGGCCAGGAAGCGCAGGGCCAGCUUUCAGAUCUCGGCAAGGGCGUGCACGACCGUAUUGGUGGUGCAGUUGGGGGCGCGGUUGCGGGGCUUACGGGGAACCAGGCGCAGAGGGCGGAGGCGCAGAGGCAGCACGAUGAGGGCAAGGCGCGGCAGAGGGGCGUUGAGGCCGAUUUACAGAAGCAGGCGCCGCAGUAG